GGUUGAUUGGUGGCGUUUUGGCCAUGGCGUGCAGACAGAGAGGAGGUUCUGGGAGGCCCCCAAGCUGCGCAGGUUGGAGGUCACUUUUUCUCUUCACCCUUGUGACUUCAGCGAACUUGGUAGUUCCUCAUUCUGUGAAUCCUGACUUCCCAGGCAUUUUCCUUUGCAAUGAAAAUGGAGUAACAGUCAAUUUACCAAACCCGCAUGGCACCAAGAAAUGGCAAGCAUCUGUGGUGGAUUCCUCUGGUGUUGAAAUGCUGAACUGCACUUAUGCCCUGGAGUUGGAUUCAGCAAAUCUUACCCUGAAGGUCCCAUAUGAAACCUGUACCAGGAAAGUGCCUCGUGGACACGAGAUAAACAUCAGAAUCACCGACCACGGUGCUGCUUCAAGACCUGGGGAUGGCCUGUAUCAGUUCUUCUGUCCAGCUAUGCAGGUGGAGGAGAUCCACAGGCUUUCAGAAUCCACAGUCUGCAUGAAGGAUUUUGUGUCUUUUUCCUUUCCACAAAUCAUCUCUGGCUUCGCUGAUGAUGGUGAGAUGAACAAAUCUGAUACUGGAUGGAUCAUUGAGGUUGGCAAUAGUUCAAGUACCCAUAAGCUGAGCCUGCAGGAGGCCCUAAGACAAGGAUUUAGUCUACUGAUUGACAGCCAGAGGAUGACUGUCCACAUGCCAUUCACUGCCACUGGAGUAACUCACUAUGUGCAGGGAAACAGUCGCCUCUACACUGCGCUUCUGAAGCUUUCGUUUGUAUCUCCGGGGCAGAAGAUCAGUUUCUCGUCGCAAGCUAUUUGUGUGUUAGAUCCUUCUGUGACUUGUAAUGGCACACACAUGACUCUUGCUGUACCAGAAUUUCCUGGGAAACUAACGACUGUGAGCAUUGAAAAUAGGAACAUCCCGGUGGGUCAGCUGCAGGACAAUGGAAUUAACACUGAGGCAACAAAUGGCUUGAGAUUGCAUAUCAGCAAAACUCUUCUCAAGACAAAAUCCUCUGAAAAAUGCCUCAGCCAUCAGUUCUACUUACCGUCACUCAAGCUGACCUUUUACUUUCAACGGGAUAUGGUAUCCAUGGUGACUGAGCUUGAGUGUCUCUGUGAGUCACCAGUCUCUAUAGUUACAGGAGAGCUGUGUUCCCAAGAUGGGUUUAUGGACUUCGAGGUCUACAGCCACCAAACAAAACCAUCUCUCAACUUAGAGACCCUCAGGGUGGGAAACUCAUCUUGCCAGCCUGUCUUCAAAGAUCAGUCUCAGAGGCGGGUACAGUUUCACAUACCCCUGAAUGGAUGUGGAACAAGACGUAAGUUUGAAGAUGAUAAAGUCAUCUAUGAAAAUGAAAUACAGGCUCUCUGGACAGAUCUUCCUCCAAGUAAAAUAUCCAGAGAUAGUGAAUUCAGAAUGACAGUGAAGUGCUAUUACAACAGGGAUGAUGUGCUACUAAAGGCCAAUGUCAAAAGUCUUCCUCCUCCAGCAGCCCCUGUGAAGCCUGGUCCCCUUGUAUUGAUCCUGCAAACCUACCCAGACAAAACGUAUCAACGACCUUAUGAGAACAAUGAGUACCCUAUAGUGAAAUAUCUCCGCCAACCCAUUUACAUGGAAGUCAGGGUCCUAAACAGGGAUGACCCCAACAUCAAGCUGGUCUUGGAUGACUGCUGGGCAACCUCGACCGUGGACCCUGCCUCUCUUCCCCAGUGGAAUAUUGUCGUGGAUGGCUGUGAAUAUAACCUGGACAACUACCAAACCACCUUCCAUUCAGUUGGCCCCUCCAUGACUUAUCCUCUUCAGUAUCAGAGGUUUGAUGUGAAGACUUUUGCCUUUGUAUCGGAGGCUCAGGUGCUCCCUAGCUUGGUCUAUUUCCACUGCAGUGCCUUAAUCUGCAAUCGGCUCUCUCCAGACUCCCCUCUGUGUUCUGUGACUUGUCCCACAUCAUCAAGGCCCCGUCGAGCCACAGGGGCCACUGAAGAGGACAAAAUGACACUCAGCCUCCCGGGACCUAUUCUCCUGUUAUCAGAUAACUCUUCAUUCAGAGAUGCUGGAGACUCCAAAGGACCUGGUAUUUCUGGAGAUGCAGCUUCUAGAAUGAUAGCUGCUGCGGCUGCCUUAGCAGGCUUGGUGGUAACUCUAGGCCUUGCCAGUUACCUAUGUAAGAAAAGAACCAUGAUGUUGAAUCACUAAUUGGAUUUGUGAAUAAAGUAAACCUCUUGCCUUCUAUUAUAA